CACAAAAAGAGAUACGUCAACAGAAGGGAGGACAACUCCCACGCUCGUAAUGUUUAUUAAUCGAAUAUUUUUAUGUAUAUUUAUUUUUAACGAAUAUGCUUGGUGACGACAUCGUUGGAGCACUUCGACGUAGUGGCGGAAAAGUCCUUUAAAAAGCGGCGCCAGGAGAACAAGUAAGACGAGGAGGAGGAGGAGGAGGAGGAGGAGGUGGAAGAAAAAGCUUUUUAGUUUUGGACUCUACGCUGCACUGACUGCACGCCGCCGCCGCCAACAUGAGCAAGAAACUUUGUGGGACAAACUACCCGGUGAGCAUCUGCUUCAUCAUCGUCAACGAGUUCUGCGAGCGUUUCUCCUACUAUGGCAUGAGAGCGGUGUUGACGUUGUACUUCUUGACCUACCUACGCUGGGACCAUGACCUUUCCACGGCCGUCUACCACGCCUUCAGCAGCCUGUGCUACUUCACGCCCGUCCUCGGCGCCAUCAUCGCCGACUCCUGGCUCGGGAAGUUUAAGACCAUCGUCUACCUGUCCAUUGUCUACGUGCUGGGUCAUGUGAUCAAGUCGGUCGGCGCCAUUCCCACGGUGGGAAGCAAUUCCAUGCACAUCUCUCUGUCCAUGAUAGGUCUGAUUCUAAUCGCCUUCGGAACCGGCGGGAUUAAACCCUGCGUGGCCGCCUUCGGGGGCGACCAGUUCCACGACAAGCAUGCCACCGAGAGAAUGAAAUUCUUCUCCAUUUUCUACAUGGCAAUCAACGCCGGCAGCUUCCUGUCCACCAUCAUCACACCCAUCUUAAGAGGAGACGUGCAAUGUUUCGGCGACGACUGCUACGCUUUGGCCUUCGGAGUGCCCGCCGUUCUCAUGAUGGUGGCGUUGGUUGUGUUUGUAUUAGGCGGCAGACUCUACCGGCGAAAUCCUCCUCAGGGCAACAUUUUGAUGGAGGUUUGCAACUGCAUCAGCUUUGCCAUCAAGAACCGCUGGAGGAGGUCCAAGUACGAGUCCAGCAGAGGGCAUUGGCUGGACUGGGCCGAGGACAAGUACUCAAAGCGUCUGAUCAUGGAGAUCAAAAUGGUUCUGCGAGUCCUGGUUCUUUACAUCCCUCUGCCCAUGUUCUGGGCUCUGUUCGAUCAGCAGGGUUCUCGCUGGACAUUGCAGGCCACCAGGAUGAAUAUGUCCUUUGGAGCCUUCUCCAUCAAACCUGAUCAAAUGCAGACUCUGAAUGCGAUGUUGAUUCUGGUGUUCGUGCCCCUGUUUGACUUGCUCAUAUACCCGCUGGUUUCCCUCUGCAGAAUCAACGUCACUCCUUUGAGGAAAAUGGCCACCGGGAUGAUUUUUGCCGCGUUGGCGUUUGGUGCCGCCGCCCUGGUGGAGAUCCAUGUGGUGAAAACUGUGGUUACACCAGCACCGGCGGGCAAGUGUCUGCUGCAAGUCUUCAACUUGUCCCCACAAGAUGCCAGUCUUCAAUUCCCCGAAGGCAAUCCUUUUCCUGAGCCGCUGCCAUAUCUACAGGAUCCUGGUGAGUACCUGACGCUGCCACUAGAGGCGCCCAGCACCAACGUGAGCUUGGAGGUCCUCUCCGAAGGCGCUGUCUCUCACUGCAACGUCACCUUUGACCAGCAGGGGGCGUAUAGUCUCAUCCUGCACCCCUCCGACAGUGGAAUACGCUGUAAACUGGUGAAGGACCACAUCAAGAAAAAUGACGAAGGAGCACCUGUCCUCAGGUUCCUCAACACGCUGUCAGAGGCGGCCAACGUCACCGUGGGAGACAAGACGUUCCAAGCCGACGCCAAUUACGGCGUCUCUGCUAACAAGACCAUCCAGCAGGGAGAGUAUAGCAAGGUGAGCUGCAGUUUAAAGUCAAAGACUUUAGACCUGGACCUCGGGCUCCUGGAUUUUGGAGCUUCAUACACUGUGAUCCUGCUGGAGGAAUCUGGUAAGAUAACGGCGCACAAGAUGGAGGACGUUCACGCCAACAACGUCCACAUAGCCUGGCAGAUCCCUCAGUACGUUCUCAUCACCAUGGGCGAAGUCAUGUUCUCCAUCACGGGCCUGGAGUUCUCCUACUCGCAGGCCCCCGCCAACAUGAAGUCGGUCCUGCAGGCUGGGUGGCUGCUCACCGUCGCUUUCGGGAACGUCAUCGUAUUGAUUGUGGCGGAGGGCGCCGGCCUUGAGCAGUGGAAAGAGUUCCUGCUGUUUGCGAUCCUGCUGUUAGCCGUGUGCACGGCGUUCUCAGUCAUGGCCCACUUGUACACGUACGUGAACGUUCAGCAGCUGGACAAAACGUGCGCCAGCGGCCACGAUGACGACGACAGCGACAACACCCUAGAUGAGAAAAAAGAUUUGGGGUCGAGCACCAAAUUUUAAUUCUCAAGUGCGGUCAGUAUUGGGAACAAAAAGAACCACUUGAUACCUUAUUGUUAGCAUGAAAUGCUAAUUGUAGCUUUUACACAGGUUUUGAAUUUUUGUCGUCUCAGCUUCUUUUUCAGGAUUUUUUUUGUAGAAUGCUUCAUCAUUCAGCCUUACUGUGAUUUUAUUCUUUUCAGGGUUUUAUUCACAUUGUCAUCAUCUUACAAUUUUUUUUAUUUUUUUUUUUAAAUCAGUUUGCCACAUUUUAAAAGGAGACUAUUUUCACAGGUUUAUGGCACAGUUUACAACUUUUUUCACUGAACAAUACUAAUUUAAGUUUUUAACUGUUUUAUUCUGAAUUCCAGAUGUUCCUCGUGGUCUCGUCAGUUUGCUUGUAUUUAAUUCCUGAUUUCUGUCAAUUAGUUCUGUUUGUGACUGAAACCUUUGUGUUAAUUUAGUAUUUUUGAUUCAAUGAGCCUUAUUUGCUUUUGUUUGUUGAAUAAAUACUUUUUGUAACUCCUGAA